AUGCGAUUGACGCUGGAGUUUCAACUUUCGACGCGCCUCUCAACCAAGGCCGAAUUGCCGUUUGCAAGGAUCGAGGGUCGAUGUCUGCGGCCCUUUUGUGCAGCGUCCUGGCGAAGAUGGUGGGAAGAGAUUGUCAAGAUGCCGCAAGACCAACAAACCGCCUUCUCAGCCCUCUACCUCCAAAAACUCACCCAAGAACUCUCCGAGGACCUCGACAAGAUCCGCAACGCCGACGACUUCAAGGCCGAAUCCGUGCCGUCCCUCGUCCACGCGCUGCAGCAAGGAGCCAAGCAGUUUUCUCCUGCUCAGCAGAAUGCCGUCCUCAAGACCUCGGAGAACCGCCAGGGCUGA